AUGCUCCAGAGAGUCCAGAAGUUCGUUCACACCCUGCACUGUCAGGUGGCUGCGCUCCAGAGCAAUGACUCUCAAGAUGCCUGCUGCCCCAUUGGCUGGCUGGAGCAUGGCGGCAGCUGCUACUGGUUUUCUCCCUUUCGAUUGUCCUGGUCCGAGGCUCAGUGGUCCUGCCAGCUGCAGAACGCCCACCUGGUGGUCGUGGGCUCCCAGAAUGAGCAGAAGUUUCUUGAGCAACACAUGUACCCUGUCGACACCUGGAUUGGCCUUACUGACCAACAUGGUCCCUGGACAUGGGUGGAUGGGACAGACUAUAAGACUGGCUUCCAGAACUGGAGUCCAGGGCAACCAGAUAAUUGGCACUACCAUGGGCAAGAGGACUGCACCCACCUCAGAACUGAUGGCCAGUGGAAUGAUAACAUCUGCAUGACACCCUUCUGCUGGGUCUGUGAGACAGAGCUGAACAGAACCAGCUCCUAGUCUCCUCUUUCCUAAUUUAUUUCCUGAAUGCGUUCACCUGCUGAGGGAACCUGGCUUGGGGAUUCUUUUUUCAGGGUUGAGGGUGGGGGGGCUCCUGCAUCACACAAGGGGUUUUCAUCUAGGAUUUAAGGAAAGGAGAGAGGAUGAUGUGUGAGGAAUGCAGAAUGAUGUCUGAAUGGGUGGGUAGAUUAAAAAUCACGCCACUCUUUGCAAUUUGCAUGUUGUUAUUGUCACCUUUUUUUUUUUUUAGAAUAAAAAGAAGAGAAAGAUACUAAA